AUGGCGAUUGCUCACCUAGCCACCGAGUACGUUUUUUCCGAUUUUUUGUUAAAAGACCCCACCGAGGCAAAGUACAAAGGGCUGCGUCUGGAGCUGGCGGUGGACAAAAUAGUCACGUUUCUGGCGGUGGGACUGCCUUUGUUCCUCAUCUCCCUCGCUUUUGCUCAAGAGGUAUCAGUUGGUACCCAGAUCAGCUGCUUUGCUCCCACUAACUUCUCUUGGAGACAGGCCGCAUAUGUGGACUCGUUUUGUUGGGCAGCUGUACAGCAACAAAGUGACAGCUCACCACUAUGGCUGCACAAGUUCUUCCCAUACAUCCUGCUCUUACUGGCCAUCCUCAUGUACAUCCCGGCCCUGUUCUGGCGUUUCUCUGCAGCUCCGCACCUCUCCUCUGACCUGAACUUCAUCAUGGAGGAGCUAGACCGCUUUUACAAUCGUGGCAUUAAAUUGGCCAAGAAUCUAGCAUCCUUAGAUAGCAAAGGUUCAUCUGAGGACACCCAGAGUGCUUUGGAUCUGACCGAGGGUUUCUUUAAAUACCCUUUAGUGGAGCAAUAUCUAAAGACCAAGCGCUUCUCUCACUGCCUCGUGGUCAAGUACCUAUCAUGUCGGGGCCUGACUCUGCUGACACUCCUGCUGGCCUGCUUCUACCUAGGCUACUACAUCCAACAUGCCUCUCUCACUGACGAGUUUCCCUGUGACCUGCGUACAGGGGUGCUGAAGAACGACAGCAUGGUGCCGUCUGCUGUGCAGUGUAAGCUUGUGGCAGUGGGGGUUUUCAGGCUGCUCAGCUACAUCAACUUGGGGGUGUAUGUGCUUCUUGCUCCGCUGGUGGUGUACGCUGCUCUUGGACCAGCUCGCCAAAGCUCCAGCUUUCUUCGGCCCUAUGAGCUGCUGCCAGGCUUUGGUUCUUUGGGCGUGGUCACGCCCUUCUACAACGACCUCAGUAUCUACCUGUUAUUCCUGGAGGAGAAUCUGAGCGAACUCAAAUCAUAUAAGUGUCUGCAGGUACUUGAGUUGUUGCAAGAGGCUGGUGAUGAGGGGUUUGACACCAUGUGUCUCCUGCGAACUCUGGGUCAGGUGAAGACUGAUGUGAUAGACAGUAAGAAGACGUGCUCACGCAAGAACAACAAAGAAACUAAUACAUCCGAGGAAUGA